GUUACAUUUUUGGUUUACUUUGUGUAACGAUUUCAUAAUUAAUUUACUUUAAUUGCGGAUAGAAGUGUAUGUGUGCGUGAUUAAAUUCAACAUUUUAUACAUGAUAUCGUUACUUAUCGCGUAAGCUUGUAGGAACAUUAUUACGACAAAUAGAAUCGAAGCGAAGGAGUUCAAGUAACUGAAUUGCUUUCCUUAGCUGGCUGUAGCGAUCUCUGAAGCACACAAAUAACACACAAAUACUCUCAAUAAAGUAACAAUAACGACAACUAAGAAAAUUGUGUUGAUAGUUGAAAGUUACGCUUGGAAAACGAAAAAUCUCAUUAAAUCUCCUGUGCGCAAGAUAUACAGAUUUAUAUAUGUAAGACCUCAUCUAUCCAUACACGUACUAUGAGUGCCGUUAAGCAAUUAAAAUUAUUUCAACAAUUUAUCAUUUAAUUAUUUGUAUAUGUGUGUAUACACAUGUAUUUAAUUAAAGUGCUGGCGGGUAUGUAGAUGUGAGUGUAAAUUAGCGCAGAUACAAUAAGCGAAUGAAUAUAAAAGGUUGUGAAUAAAGAAAAGAAAAAAGAAAAGAUAAAAAAAGAAAAAAAUAAAAAAAAAAAAAAAAAAAAAGAAAAGUACAUCAAGUGAACGAUUUAACUUAAGCAAUUUUUCAAUAAAAAUUCCAACAAUUUCAUGAUGUUUUAAAGUUAAUCAAUUACUUAUCUUGCUGAGAAACUAUAGAGAUAUUCCUAUGGUUUUACACAAAGAAUUUAUUAAUUUUUGUGAUUCGCGUACUGAACCACCUCUUCAAUCCUAGCAGUAAUUAUUUGCUGUUAUUUUUAUUCUAUGUCUUGGCCUAAAUGAUUGGCACCGAUGAGAUGUCAUCCACUGGCAUGGAUAUCAGUGAAUCAUUUCGUCCGGAGGAUAUAUCGAAAACUGAUUUUUUCGAUUUCGUUACCGCCCCCGAUAUGGGCCUGGGUUUAGGUGUUAAUUUACACCAUCAUCACAGUCAUCAACAGCACCAUCAUCACCACCACCACCAACACCAGCAGCAGCAGCAGCAGCAGCAGCAGCAGCAGCAGCAACAACACACAAAUCAACAUAAUCAACAUCACCACUCGCAUCAUCAUCAUCACCCGCACCAUCAUCAUGGCAGCCAGCAACAGCAUCAUCCAUCUGCCGGCGAUAACAGUUCAAUGACUCACGAUAGCGGUGGCGGCGGUGGCGGUGUUGGGAGCACAAAUAAUGGUAGUGGUAACAGUACUAAUAACACUUCAGAUCGUGUCGAUCCUCAUGGCGACAACACCGGUAUUAGCGAUGCCAAUAGGGUCACUGUUAGUGAUGCCGCUCUACAAGGUUAUGAGUUUUGGAAUACGGACAAAGAGCAAAGCCGUUUAGAGUCUACGAUAUUUGAUGAUUUAGAUCGUUACUGUUGGCAGCAUCAGGCAAAUUCCUCGAGCGCCACAAAUGCGAGUUCCUCCUUACAUCAUCAUACAACAUCUAGCAACGUUAUGAAUCCGCCAGUAACUCACACAGUCCCCGCCAAUGCCUCCAGUACAGAUCCGCCUUCAUCGCAUUCUCAUAGCACGAAUUUGCUUAACAGUUGCAGUAACUCACAAACGGCGAUUACCACCAGUUCUUCCGCUCUUAAUACAGCGCCGCAAAUAACUCAGACUCCUCUCAAUAACGAUGGCUCGAUAUCAAGCGUCAUCAAUACCGAUGGCCAAAUUUACACAUUAAAAGUAUUAAAUGGCACCGAAUCGUGGCUGAAACGUGAACCGGACUCGCAGCUAAAUAACACUUUGGACUUGGAUAGUUUGUUAAAUUCUUUUCACGGUUACAUUAAAUCCGAGUAUUCUUACGAUGAUAGCGGUUUCAGUGCGGACGGCACCAAAGACGUCAACUCCGGCGACGCAACAAAUUGUAUGAACUCACUGAACGCUGUUGCUGGAGAUGAUACUGGUUCAGGUGGCGCAAACGGCUUAGGUUCAUUAUCAAACACAUCACGCUUACCUUCGUUAAUGUCGACGCUAGCCUCAGUAACGAACAACAGCAUCGGAGUUAUUAAAAAUGAAAGUACAACGAGUCCUCUGCCGAGCAUUGUCAGUCAACAAAUAGAUCAAUUUCAGAACAAUAACAACGAUUGGCAUAUGACGGAUCAUAACAGUGAACAGAAUUCGGCCGAAUCUUUAUUGCGUAGCGCUUUACAGGGCAAAGGUUAUUCCAAAGGUUUGCACAUGCAUAAUGGUAUUACAUUAAUGCCUACAUCACCGACAGUCAAAGACGAAGAAAUGAGAAGAAUGUUGUUUCCCGUCGAUACGGAUGCCUUGGGUUUCACUGAUUCGUCUUUGAAUGCUGCUCAAAUUUUCGAAGACACUCAAACGGCCAGUUCGCACAGUUCCCAUUUAGUAGUAACGCAUUCACCCCAUAUAAAUGGUCCAUUAACUCCCGUAAACAGUUCGAAUAAUGGCGGUAACGCAGGUGGUCACACAAAUCCCUCGGCUGUUUCAAAUAUUAUUGUCGAUGACAUGUUCCUAUCGCUGGAGAAUGCCUUCAAUAUUGCCAACGAAGUGCAACAAUUUUGCACCCCAUCUGCUAGUGCCAAUGAUUUUUCCAGCAAUGAAGUCAUCAUGCCGAUCUCUGCCAAUGACGGAGCAAUAAAUACAACGGGGAACACACAGCUGCCUUCAUUACAUUCGGUUACAGGGACAAGUGCAGCAACAGGCUCAGAACCUACAACGCCAACCGGUGGACCGACGCCAAUACCGUCGAUUGGCGUAGUAAGUCUUGCAACCGCCCAACAUAAUCAGACUCCGUCACAGCCUCUUAAACCGGAAGUAACCACCUCAAGCAAUCGCAUCGGCAGCACAACAAAAGUCACCAAAAAAUAUAAACGCACCAUGUCCACUGUAGCCACCGCAGUCGCUGCCCAUCAUAACAACAAUAACAAUCCUAAUGUGAUCAACAACAACAACAACAAUAGCAGCCUUAAGACUGGCAAUACUACGUUACUUUUAGCAAAUGGUAGUCGCAACAGCGUUAGCAACGCAUCAAGUGGCAGCAGUACAAACAGCAGCAAUAGUCCUACGCACUGCAACGCUAACGGCAAUAGUAGCAAUACGCUAACAACAACAACCACUCCAACAAGUAUUAAUUCCACGUCUGGUACUAAUACAGGUCAGCGAAAAGAACGCUCCCUACACUAUUGCACAAUAUGUUCGAAAGGCUUUAAAGACAAGUACUCCGUUAAUGUGCACAUACGCACGCAUACUGGUGAGAAGCCCUUCGCUUGUACACUAUGCGGUAAAAGUUUUCGACAAAAGGCCCAUCUGGCCAAACAUCAUCAAACACAUUUGGCGCAAAAAAAUAACGGCAACAUGGUUAAGGGAAAUUCUAGUAAACAUCACCGCAACAAUGCAACAACUUUAAGUAAUCCUACGUCGGUUCACAGUCACAAUCCGAGAUCGUUAACACUCAUACCAAAUGUCAGUACAGCGCCCGGUCCAAACGGUAGUAUUGGUAUAGUGGGUGGAAUAAUUAGCAAUUCUGCUAGCAUACCCUUAAAUGUGGCAACAGCGCCGCAAUCUGCACCUCCCUCUACACCGUCUACUCUACUACCGCCGGCAAAUGGUCUUUUGAUUAAUAGGUAGAAUUCACUGAACGCUACAACAGCUUAUAAUUUACUACCGACUUGAUAUCUAUUGUUCCUAAAAUUAGUUUUGUUUUUUCCUUUUUAAAACAAUGUCCCCACGAUCUGUCCACAAAAAUACUCACAAAGCAAAGCUAAAGUAAGUUCCCCAUUUAAGGAAUAUAUGCUUAUGUCAUAGAAAAAAUCGAAGCAAAACACCUUUCGAAUUUAUGUUAUUCCAUGUGUAUGUAAUCUUAAAAUAUUUAUUCAUUUUUUUUUUUUUUUUUUUUUGUUGUUUAUAAAACUGAAAGAUGGUUUGAAAAGUUUCAAUUUCUUUUAACUCCACGCCGAAGCAAGCAGAGCGAAAGGGAUGAAUUAUGUUUAGGCUACAAUGGAACAAAUUUACUCGCUGUACUAAAAUGUAUAUAAUUUAAGUCCAAAUCAUCAUGGGUUACUGAGGCAAAAAUCUACUUAUUACAAAACAUUUGAAUGGUGAAGGAAUCCUUUCAUUUACUUGCAUCCUGGGUACGCAAACCUAUGCUAAGCACUCCAGGAUUGAAACUCGUUCGCGAUUUUUAAUCCAGGAUACAAACAAGCGACUUCGAAAGAAGGCUUGCGAAUUCAAGCACACUGUUUACUACUUUAUUAAUUUCUUUUGCUAUAUGUUACCCUUGCGGUAAAAGGGUAUAUUAACUUCAUGCGAUUGUAUGCAACACUUGAGAUGGAACCAACUUUUGUUAUACCGAUCUAUUCAGAAUCAUUUUUUGAAUUCCUUCCUAAAUCAAUAUAAGCUUGUCUGUCC